AUGGAAGGAAGUGACCAGGGAAAUAAGCAGCAGAUGUGUGGUCCCUCCAGCCUGAAGACAGUGCACCAAGAGGAUCCAGGACCUCAGGAGGGAAUGACAAAUAUUGAUGAAUGCCUGUCCAGCCCGUGCUCUCAUCAUUGUGUUAACACUGAGGGAAGUUUCUACUGUACAUGCCCAGAAGGAUUUCACUUAUACGUGAACGACACCUGCACAGAAAACUUGCCUGAUUCAGCUCCAGUAAUGGAAUUCCUCAAGCAGCCUUUGCCAGCUGCGAUCUUUGCCACGCCCUGGAUACCACCAACAUCCUGCUGGUACAAUGACACCUUGCAACAGGACGGUGCCACCUGGACAGUGUCUGAAUGUGUUGAGUGUACUUGCCAGCUGGGAACAGUCUCGUGUACCACGUGCCCCUCGCUGCCUUGUAGCAAGACAGAGCUGGUGCCAGGGGUUUGCUGCCCAGUUUGCAAGUCCUGCCUUUACAAUGGGAGCAUCCAAUCUCAUAACAGUUCGUGGGUUUCACUGUCCCAGCCCUGUUUGACCUGCUCCUGUCAGGAAGGGGAGGUGUUUUGCCAACCUAUAGUCUGCAAAACUUCUUGUAGCCAUCAGGUUCAUGAGGAAGGACAAUGCUGUGGAACGUGUGAUAAGUGUCUCUAUGAAGGCCUGGUUGUGAACCAUGAAGAUGUUUUCUCUCCUUCCAGUGACAAUUGUACGCUAUGUGUCUGCAUUUCAGGGAAUGUGAAGUGCAUCACCCCUGAAUGCCCUCCUGUCACAUGUGAGAAACCCACCCUACUGGAUUGUUGUCCUAAUUGUCCAGCUGAGUGUAUUGACCAGGGUAUAGUAUAUCCCCAUGGCACAGAAUUCACUCGGCCAGGUGUCGACUGUGUCAACUGUGCAUGUUUGGAUCAUCCAAGACCCCAACCUAUAAUUGGGGAGGCUUUCAGUGUAGAAUUGAAUGCCAGCUUUCGUGCACAUAAAGAGGAGUAUGAUCCCUGCCAUUUUGGGAAGCAAAAUUGUGUUCCCAUGGUUUCCACAAUACAGCAGUGCUAUGCUGAAGUUCAUUAUUCAUUUAUUUACUAUCAGCAGUUGGAUGACUUGCAAAUGAUAAAGCUGACUGAUUUGUGUCCUCAGAAUGGUGAGGUGGAGUGUUCCUAUAGCCCCUGCCCAGUGUUGGACUGUGCCAGAGAAAAUUGGUUCCUUGAGCCAGGCCAAUGCUGCUUUAUCUGCCUUCAGGAUAAAACCAUCAAAGGAAACUUGGAGGAACUGACUCAAAAACUUAUUAGUAGAAAACACAGCAAGAAUUUCUCUCAUUCCGUUUUGUCUCGUUUAUCCCUGACAGGCUGUUUUGUAGAUGACAAUGGCAUUGAGUUCCCAGUUGGGCAGAUAUGGUCACCUGGCGAUCCUUGUGAAGUGUGUGUGUGUCAGGCUGGUCCACUGAUGACAAGUUUUGUUCUUAUGGUUGCUGUUAUGACACAGCAGUUGUCUGGCUCUGCUGCUUGCUCCCCAGUGGAGUGCAAAGUUCGCUGCACUUAUCCUUUCCACUCUGAAGGCGAGUGCUGCCCCCUUUGCAUUGACUGCAACUAUGAAGGGAGGAAGGUCACCAAUGGCCAGUCAUUUCAGCCUGAAAAUAGACCCUGCUACCACUGCAAAUGCCAACUAGGAGAAGUAAGCUGUGAAGUUCUGACGUGUGAGCCGCCUUCCUGUGAACACCCCUAUUCUGUGCCUGAUGAGUGCUGUUCAACUUGCUCAGUGUGUCUGUAUGAUGGCCAGAUUCUGGAAGAUGGAGGAUAUUAUAUCUCAGCUACUGACCCCUGUGUUGUCUGUCUCUGUAUGCAAGGCAAUGUGGAGUGUGACUGGAAAGGAGACAGCUGCACAGAAUUGGAGUGUGAAGAGCCUUUGCUUCAUGUCCCCGGCAGCUGCUGCCCCAUGUGCCCUGACCUACCACUGGCUUCACCUGCUACAGUGAGUUCAGCACUGUACCCCCCUAUCACAGACAACAUGAUCCCUGAGAAAUCAGCGCCUACACGAUUCUCCCGAAGCCCACGGAGAGCAACAGUUCAACCUCAUCCCUCUGAGCCAGAAGUCAGGUUAAUAUCCUUGUCUCCUUCAGCCAGGCCAGCAACCAAGAAGUACAGCCUGCAAAGGAUUUUACCCUCAAGUGUCAGGAGCAAGUUAGCGCAGGGCUUAAAUGCAUCACCUGAGGGACGAAGGAUUGCCAUAACAGAACAACCAGUGGCUGGACAUCCUGCAGAAAUGGUCAAUAACACAUACAGUACAUCCCAGGGGAACUCCGAACUACAAGCCGCGCUUCCUCCAUCAGCUACGGCCAAAGCUGCUCCUCUAGGCAUUGCCAAUAUUAAAGACAGGAUUAUCCAGGAAGACUUGAGCUGUGUUGAUAAAGAUGGAGUAGUGUUCAGUUAUGGAGAGAGUAUUCCGAGGGGAGAUCCCUGUACCAGGUGUCUGUGUAUGGACACAGUGAUAAGCUGCAGUUUCACCAGCUGCUUUACCCAGGGGGAAUGUACCAAUCUGGUGAAAGUGGAGGGCUGUAUAUUUAAUGGUGUGAACUACACCGAUGGAUCUCAGUUCAUUCCACACGAUAAGCGCUGUCUUCAGUGCCGCUGCUCGGAAGGGACAGUUGUGUGCAGGUCAUGGAAGGAGCAAUGUCCACCCCUGCCGUGCAGCUUAAUGCAGCAGGAGACCCCAAAGGGCCAGUGCUGCCCAGUGUGUGUUGAUUCACUCUGUGUGCACCAGGAUCAAAUACAUGAGGCUCAGUCCCAGUGGCUGGAUGGCUGUGAUCUCUGCCAUUGUAACAAUGGAACUGUGGAGUGUCAACCCAAACCUUGCUCUCCUCCCAUUUCCUGCCCGGCACAGUCCAUCUUGUCUCAGCCUGAUGGAGAAUGCUGCAAGAUCUGCAUGCCAAAAACGAAGCCAAAGGGCGCUUCCUGCACUCUGUUUGGAGAGUCGCACUAUGUGACCUUUGAUGGGCUUUUCUUUGACUUCAGUGGAACAUGUGCCUAUGUUUUAGCCCAGGACUGUGAAUCAAACCAUUUCAAUGUAGUUUACCAGAGUAAAUGGAAUGACAGUUCCACUGAGCCUGGAACAAAGGCCCUGAUUGUAGAGAUUGAAAAUAGAACCAUUGAACUUUCAGCUAGGAGUCGAGUUCGAGUUAACAACGCAGAAGUGGAACUUCCUUACUCUGAUGUAGCGGACAUGUCCAUUCAGCAUUCAGGACUCUAUGCAACUCUGAAGUUGCCGGAAGGUCUCAGUGUCACCUGGGAUGGGAAAAGUUUUGUAGAAAUCAAUGUUCCUGAAUCGUUGCAAUCAAGGAUGUGUGGACUGUGUGGCAAUUUUAAUGGAAACUCAUCAGAUGAUUUUGUGUUGCCGAGUGGAGAGGAGGCUUUGACCCCCAUUGGAUUUGGGAACAGCUGGCUCAUCGGGCUGAAUAAAGACAGCCUGUGCACAGCCAAAGAUAUUGAGGACCCAUGCAAUGGUACACUUCCUGACAACCAAUCAGCAAACAGCACUUGCAACAUUAUCAUGGGUCCCUUAUUCCAGGCAGCACAUGAGAGCAUCGACCCUCGGCCUUAUUACCAGGCAUGUCUGACUGACCUAUGCAGCUGUGUGGAACAGACAUGGUGCCUGUGCAGCUUACUGUCAGCCUAUGCUUUCCGUGCCCUGAGAAAUGGAAUCGUCUUAAACUGGAGAAAUGAAACACUGUGCGGUGUAACUUGCAACGGUGGCUCAAGUUAUAAUGAGUGCAGCUGCCCUCAGACCUGUUCUACCUACCUACACUCAGACACCCAGUGCUCUACUACCUCCUGUGUGCCCGGCUGCCAGUGCCCUGCAGGUCUCUUCAUGUAUCAGUCAAAUUGUUUGCCACCUUCACUGUGUCCAAUGGAAUCAGUCUACAGCCAGAGAAGGUCCUCCUCUCUUCCAACUUUGUGAUGGCACACAACAGUGGUCUGUUUAUACCCACUAUCUGAUUAACUUUACUCUGAAUCCUCAUGGUUUGGUGAUGGAAGGAUUGGUGAGCCUUCACUGAAUGAGUCUGGAUAGUACAGUUGGCCUAAGACUGGAGAACAUACACUGGAGGCUGGGUGACAACUUUUAAGGCCUGUGACUUUGUGAAGUACUUUAUGUUAGAUAUCAAAACUGUGAACUACUGAUCAACAGAUUAUUGAACAGAAUUUUAUUUAUUCAGAUGGUACAGCUCCCAUAUUAUUACCUCAUUAGAAUUGAGAACUACUCUGUACAGUACUGUAUAAAUCCUAUUAUUCCUUUAAUCAGAGUCUUUCUGUGGAACAUAAUAUUUGAGUUGUUACCUUUUCGUACAUGAAAUAAGAGACUGGAUUUACAUUAAAA